CAGCAUUGCUGUAGCUCAAGUGUCUUUAGAAAGAAAUGAGUCAAUCAGUUUAUGGAAACUCAGGAUUCUUAGCAGAGAGAAGGUCGGCUGAUCUAAAGAAUGGCACAAUAUCAUAUGAAGAGAUCUACAUGAAUGAAGAUGCAACAAAAAUGCAAAUGACCACAAGAAAAAAAAUGACUUCAGACCCAAACAGCUCAGGAUACAGAUGUUACAAACUGGCUGUGUAUUAUCUGAUGAUGCUGGUGGUUCUCUUGCUUGUUGCCAUCGUGAUACUGUGGUUCAAGCUGACAAAAGAGAAAGACCAGUUACAGACCAGUUACAACAACCUGGCUGCUGAGGAGGAACAGUUAAAGACCAAUUGCAAAAGUGUUAAUGAAGAAAGAGACCAGCAGCAGAGGAAAACAGAUGAACUCCAGAAAAAGCUUUCUGAACUCAAGAAAGACUUAAACACACCAGGAUGGAGAUUCGUCAGUUUUUACUACAUCUCUACUGAGAAGAAGAACUGGAGUGAGAGCAGACAGGACUGCAAGGGAAAAGGUGCAGACCUGAUGAUCAUAAACAACAAAAAGAAACAGGAAUUGGUUGUUGGGUGGAAAAUAAGUGAAGGUGCUUGGAUUGGUGCCAGUGACAGAGACACUGAGGGAGUCUGGAAAUGGGUAGACGGUUCUGCGCUCAAAAAUAAGUUCUUUUAUGGAGGUGAGCCUGACAAUUUGGGGGAUGAGGACUGUGUUGUGUCUGACCAUGUGGCUUGGCAUGAUGUUUCCUGUGGAAAGCAGUAUGCUUGGAUCUGUGAGAGGAAGAUUAACAUCUGAAAUGUUGCAUAUGAGUGAAAAUCACAAACUGAUUUAGGAUUAUAUUAUUAUAGAAAUUAUA